UAGGCCACUUCCUGCGGAGGGUGACAUGGACUCUUCCUGCGCCCUGAGCGAGGGGAGAACUUCUCCCCCAAACUCUCUCCUCAUUGGUGGAGCCGGAGGGGGCGGAGCUCACCGGAAGCGGCGCACGCUGGUGGCGCCGGAUAUGAACGUGUCUUUGGACCAGAGCGAAGGGUCCUUGCUCUCCGAUGACUUCCUGGAUACGCCUGAUGAUCUGGAUAUUAAUGUGGAUGAUAUCGAGACGCCCGAUGACACAGACUCGCUCGAGUUUAUAACCAACGGCAAUGACCUGGAGUGGGAGGAUGACACCCCCGUGGCCUCAGUUAAAGCUCCUCCUGCUGACAGUGAGGCUGAUGGAGAAGGCCUGGACGGGACGGGGGUCAGCGGGCGUCUGUGGAGGACCGUCAUCAUCGGGGAGCAGGAACACCGCAUCGACAUGCAGGUCAUACGACCCUAUCUGCGCGUCAUAUCGCAUGGAGGAUACUAUGGCGAGGGCUUGAACGCCAUUAUUGUGUUCACAGCGUGUUAUCUCCCCGACAGCAGCUGCCAGGAUUACCACUACCUGAUGGAAAACCUCUUUCUGUAUGUGGUGAGCAGUCUGGAGAUGCUGGUGGCCGAGGAUUACCUGAUCAUCUACAUGAACGGAGGAACGCCGCGGAGUAAGAUGCCCGGGAUCAGCUGGCUGAAGAAGUGCUAUCAGAUGAUCGACAGACGACUGAGGAAAAACCUAAAGUCUCUGAUCAUCACUCACCCUUCCUGGUUUAUCCGGACAGUCCUCGCAAUUUCCAAACCCUUCAUCAGUGUGAAGUUCAUGAACAAGAUCCGCUACGUGCACAGCCUGGAGGAGCUGGAAAAGAUUGUUCCUAUGGAUCAUAUUCAGAUCCCAGAGUGCAUCUUACAAUUUGAAGAGGAAAGAAUCAAUGCUAGAAAAGAGAGAAUGGAGCAGGAACAGAAAGAACAACAGCAUCAAGAACAGCAACAGAAGCCAACCAAUCCAGAGAGGACAACAACGACCGAAGAGCCUGGACUCUGAGCGGGACGAGCUUGAAUGUUCUUGUUGCUGAUCUUGGACCAUUUGUCAUAUUCCCAAAUUAUUCAUAUACAUAUUAGACGACGCAAAACUAGUUUCAGAUCAGCAACAAAGCAGAAACUUGAAUUGCGAGUAAACGUUGCUGUUUUCGGUAUCGGGAUGUACCAUCAUGCAUUGUAGCCUCUUUGCAGUUAACGCUUUUUUAAAUAGGCUGCUUUCUGAGAAUGUCAUGUGACCUGGCUUUAAUUGACGGAUGUGUCGGCUCAGGAUUUGAUUGCUGGUGCAUGUGCUUCUCUGUGUAUGCGCUCAAAUCCAAUGUGACUUUAUUCCAGUUCGCCCGUUCUGUUUG